AUGUGGCCCUUCCGUCGAAAACGCCUCCCCCCCGCGGCAGCGCCCGCCCUCGCCGAAGUGAGUGUACGGCCGCACCCCUCGCGCCUGCUCCGCAUGGGCGGGCGGCGCCACCGUUCACCCUACCCGUCGACCCCACCCAAGAUGGUGAUCCUCGUGCGCACGGAUCUGAACAUGACGACCGGGAAGAUCGCGGCGCAGGCGUCGCACGCGGCCGUCCGUCUCUACCAGACGGCGUGCAAGCUGGGGGCGUGCAACCGCUGGAACAACGGCGGGCAGCGCAAGUUGGUGCUGCGUGUGGGCGGCGAGAAGCAGAUGGAUGAUGUCGUGCGCCGCGCGAGGGAGCGCAAGUUGGCCGUCGCAGUCGUCAGGGAUGAGGCCCAAGUCAAGACCGCCGUCAGCGUUCUGGGCGAGGGGAGGACUGUUAAUGAGGUCACGGGGCACCUCAAACUGUUUUGACGAGAGAAAUAGGGCGCGGGGCAAGCGUCAGCCGCGUAGCCUGGGCAACGUCAAAUAGUUUGGGGUGAGAUGCAAAGCGAUGAAUCUCACGGUGUCGAUUUCGCCGAUUCGCAGGUUGCGAUGACCAGUGCUGUUGAUACUGUAUCAACCACAGCAACAACGAGGACCUCAUCUCGCGUCAUAGACACGUGUAGGUCAUGGGUACAGUACAGCAGCCUCCAAUGCAAUACCGUAGCCUACUCGUGAUGACGCUCUAUGACUAAGAAAAACAACGGGAGCUGGAGAGUGCGGCGAAACGGAGGCAUUCAGCGAGCGGUCUGGAAAGAUAUAAGACUCGUUCAACCUAAUGCAGCCUCGGAGCGUGAUAGCAACACAACUACCGCUGCCCGUUUGUUCCCAUGAGUGGAAUCACCAGUCGAUGGGGCGGCAUUUGAAUAAGCCCCGUACGAGGAGCCACAGUCUCUAUGUGUUUGAGUUGGGAGUAAUUUAGAUAAGUGAUUUAGUAAAGUUGGACAUGUGCACUACAAUGGUUUCCAAAC